AGCUUGGAUGGACACUUGGCAGCACGCUGAGCUGCUUUCCUUAUAAGGUAGCUCACUGGUAAGUCCCUAGCAUCUCUCGAAAAGCCACCAAGACACCAGUGAGAAGAAGCCAGGUACCCUAACAUGGGCAUUCCAGCAUGGCACCUCGCCUGUUGUAUGAUAGCGUUUAUCUUCAUUCUGCUAAUUUACAUAGUUUAUUGUGGUCACUCAAGGCAGCCAGUGGAGCCUUGUGCUCCACAGGCAGAGAACAAGAUAAGUGAGUAAGUAAUGCAAACAGCAUGCAUUUGUAUGGUUAGCUAGUAGCACCUGUAUUUAUCUAUACAAUAUGAGUAGACAGGCUACUGAUAGAGAGAGGGAGAGAGACAGAUGAGUAUAUGUUUAGGCAGCAAUUGGUUGGUGGCUGACAAAGAGAACACUGAUGUUUUUAUUGUAUCUUUUAUAUUAUGAUUCAAUGUCAUAUUGUUGUUUGCAUGUCAAGGCAUUUAGAUUUUUGGAGGGCACCACGGCUCUUGUUGGAAGUAUUUCAUAGCACAAAACUGUAUUAUGUUCUUCUGCUACAAAACAGCUACAGUAUAUACUUGGCCUAUAUGUCUCUAUGAUUAUCUCAAUAAUAGAUACAGUUCCAUUAAAGAUUCAACGACAAGCAGUUUUGAGAUCGAACCUAGGGCCAGUGACAUGUCCAAGAUGGCUGCCAGUGAUCCUGCCAGUGAUGACAGCAAAUUCCUCUUCCUGGAUAAUGACUUUCGGAACAGCGGAAUGGCCCAGGCCGAUUGGUCGGCCAAGAAGAUGGUGUGGAUCCAAUCAGAGAGAGAGGGCUUUGAAGCUGCCAGUAUCAAGGAGGAAAAAGGAGAUGAGGUACUAGUGGAACUCUCCAAUGGCCAGAAGAUGACGGUCAACAAGGAUGACAUCCAGAAGAUGAACCCUCCUAAGUUCAGCAAGACAGAGGACAUGGCGGCCCUCACAUGCCUAAAUGAGGCAUCCGUCCUGCACAACCUCAGGGAGAGGUACUUCUCCAGCCUCAUCUACACCUACUCAGGCCUGUUCUGCGUGGUGGUGAACCCUUACAAGAUGCUGCCCAUCUACUCUGAGAAGAUCAUUGAGAUGUACAAGGGCAAGAAACGCCACGAGGUGCCCCCGCAUAUCUACUCCAUCACUGACAAUGCCUACAGGAACAUGAUGCAAGACCGUGAGGACCAGUCUAUUCUUUGCACAGGUGAAUCUGGAGCAGGAAAGACAGAGAACACCAAGAAGGUGAUCCAGUAUCUGGCUGUGGUAGCCUCCUCACAUAAGGGCAAGAAGGACACCAAUUCCGAUCCAAAUUCCCCGACAUUGGUAAAGGGAGAGCUAGAGAAGCAGCUUCUUCAGGCCAACCCCAUCCUGGAGGCCUUCGGAAAUGCCAAGACCAUCAAGAAUGACAACUCUUCUCGAUUCGGCAAAUUCAUUAAGCUCAACUUUGACGUGACAGGGUAUAUUGUUGGGGCCAACAUCGAUACUUACCUGCUGGAGAAGUCUCGCUGUAUCCGGCAGGGUAAAAUUGAGAGGGCCUUCCAUAUCUUCUAUUACAUGGUGGACGGAGCCAAAGACAAGUUAUGUGAGGAGCUGCUGUUGGAGGGCUUUGGGAACUACAGGUUCCUGGUGGCAGGCCAUGUGGAGGUGCCAGGCCAGGACGAUGGCAAGAUGUUUCAUGAGACUCUGGAGGCCAUGGAGAUCAUGGGCUUCACUGAAGAUGAGAGGAUUGGGAUGCUGAAGGUAUGUUCCACCGUGCUGCAGCUGGGGAACAUCGAGUUCAAGAAGGAGAGGAACAAUGAGCAGGCUACCAUGCCUGACAACACAGCGGCCCAGAAAGUGUGCCACUUGCAAGGAAUCAAUGUGACAGACUUUACCCGUGCCAUCCUCACUCCCCGCAUCAAAGUGGCCAGGGAAGUAGUGCAGAAGGCCCAGACCAAGGAACAGGUUGACUUUGCCAUUGAGGCCUUGGCCAAGGCCAUGUAUGAGCGCCUGUUUCGCUGGAUUCUGGCAAGGGUCAACAAGACUCUGGACAAGUCUAAACGCCAGUCCUCCUCCUUUCUAGGCAUCCUAGACAUUGCUGGCUUUGAGAUCUUCGAGGACAACUCGUUUGAGCAGCUGUGCAUCAACUACACCAACGAGCGCCUGCAGCAGCUGUUCAACCACACCAUGUUCAUUCUGGAGCAGGAGGAGUACAAGAGGGAGGGCAUCGAGUGGAGCUUCAUUGACUUCGGGCUGGACCUGCAGCCCUGUAUCGAGCUGAUAGAGAGGCCGAACAACCCUCCUGGUAUCUUGGCUCUGCUGGAUGAGGAGUGCUGGUUCCCUAAGGCCACAGAUCUGUCUUUCGUGGAGAAGCUGAUGAACACACACAGCACACACUGUAAAUUCUCCAAGCCCAAAAGCCUGAAGGACAAGACCAUGUUUUCUGUGUUGCACUACGCAGGCAAGGUGGACUACAACGGCGCAAGCUGGCUGACCAAAAACAUGGACCCUCUGAAUGACAACGUGACGGCUCUGCUAAACAACUCUUCAAGUCCCUUCAUCCAGGACCUGUGGAAGGACGUUGACCGUGUGGUGGGUCUAGACACCCUAACCAAGAUGUCAGAGAGCUCUACCCCCAGCUCCACCAAGUCUAAAAAGGGCAUGUUCCGCACGGUGGGCCAGCUCUACAAGGAGUCCCUGGGCAAGCUCAUGACCACCCUGCACAAUACACAGCCCAACUUUGUGCGCUGCAUCAUCCCAAACCACAAGAAGAUGGCCGGUAAAAUGGACGCCAACCUGGUUCUGGACCAGCUGAGGUGUAACGGGGUCCUGGAGGGGAUCCGGAUUUGCAGGCAGGGAUUUCCCAACCGCAUCGUGUUCCAGGAGUUUCGUCAACGCUAUGAAAUCCUUGCUGCCAAUGCCAUUCCCAAAGGCUUCAUGGAUGGGAAACAGGCUUGCUGUGUUAUGGUGAAGCACCUGGACCUAGAUUCUAACCUGUACCGUAUCGGUCAGAGCAAGAUGUUCUUCAGGACAGGGGUGCUGGCCCAGCUGGAGGAGGAGAGGGACCUUAAACUCACCAUUGUCACCAUUGCCUUCCAGGCGCAAGCCAGAGCCUUCUUGGCUCGCAAGAUGUUCAGUAAGAGGCAGGCCCAGCUGACUGCCAUGAAGGUGAUUCAGAGGAACUGUGCUUGCUACCUCAAACUCAAGAAUUGGCAGUGGUGGAGGCUCUUCACCAAGGUCAAGCCCCUCCUCCAGGUGACUAGACAGGAAGAAGAGAUGGGUCAGAAGGAUCAAGAACUUAAACAAGCCAAGGAGGUGGCACAGAAGAGUCAGACUGAGCUGAAAGAGAUCACCCAGAAAUACAUACAGCUGGAGAAGGAGCACACUCAGCUCCAGGAGAAGCUUAAUGCAGAAACAGAGCUAUAUGCCGAGGCGGAGGAGAUGAGGGUUCGUUUGGAGUCAAAGAAGCAGGAGAUGGAGGAGGUGCUGCAUGAAAUGGAGGCCCGGUUGGAAGAGGAGGAGGAGCGCAGCCAGAGCCUUCAGCAGGAGAAGAGGCAUGUGGAGCAGCAGCUACAGGACUUGGAGGCCCAGCUGGCUGGGGAGGAGGAUGCCCGGCAGAAGCUGCAACUGGAGAAGGUCACCACCGAGGACAAUGUCAAGAAACUAGAAGAGGACAUUCUGGUCAUGGUGGACCAGAACAACAAACUACUCAAGGAGCAGGCGCUUCUAGAAGAGAGAGUGGCGGAUUUGAGCUCCAACCUUGCAGAGGAGGAGGAAAAAUCUAAGAACUUGACCAAGCUGAAAAACAAACAUGAGUCCAUGAUUUCUGACCUGGAGGUGCGAAUGAAGAAAGAAGAGAAAGGAAGACAGGAUGUGGAGAAGGCCAAGCGGAAGCUGGAAGGGGAGCUGGCUGACCUCCAGGAGCAGCUAACCGACCUACAGGCCCAGAUAGCCGAGCUCAAGUCCCAGCUUGUUGCAAAAGAGGAGGAAUUGCAGGCCACGCAGGCUCGUCUGGAAGAGGAGAGCGGGCAGUGCGCGAUGACGGUCAAGCGGGUGCGGGAGCUGGAAGCCCUGUUGGGAGAAUUGCAGGAGGACUUGGAGGCAGAGAGAGGGGCGAGGGGGAAAGCCGAGGCUGCCCGCCGGGACCUGGGGGAGGAGCUGAAUGCCCUGCGCUCUGAGCUGGAGGACACCCUGGACACCACUGCUUUCCAGCAGGAGCUCAGGGCAAAGCGCGAGCAGGAAGUCAUCAUGUUGAAGAAGACCAUGGAGGAGGAGGUGCGCAGUCACGAAGCCCAGGUCCAGGACAUGAGACAGAAACACACCCAGGCUGUGGAGGAACUGAGUGAACAGCUGGAGCAGGCCAAGAGGGUCAGGGCCAGCCUGGAGAAGGCAAAACAGGCCCUGGAGAAGGAUUCAUUGGACCUAGGUGCAGACCUCCACUCACUGGCCAGCGCUAAGCAGGAAGUGGAACACAAGAAGAAGAAAGUAGAGUCCCUGCUGGCUGACCUGCAGUCACGCCACGACGAAAGCGAGAGGCAGAAAUGGGAGCUGGGAGAUAGAGUCUUCAAGAUAACCGCGGAGUUGGACAGUGUGACCAGUCUUCUGAGUGAGGCAGAUGGGAAAAACAUCAAGUUGAGUAAAGUCGUGACCAGCCUGGGCUCUCAGCUGCAGGAUGCACAGGAGCUGCUGGCUUAUGAGACUCAUCAGAAGCUGAGUGUGUCUGGGCGCCUGCGCCAGAUGGAGGACGAGAGGAACAACCUGCUGGAGCAGCUGGAGGAGGAGACGGAGGCCAAAAGGAACGUGGAGAGACAGGUGUCCAGCUUCAACAUGCAGCUGUCUGACGCCAAGAAGAAGUUCGAAGAUUUGUCAGGGACAGUCGAACAGCUGGAGGAAGUAAGGAAGCGCCUGCAGCGGGAACUAGAGGCAGCAGGUGGCGAGUAUGAGGAAAAGGCGUCAGCCUACGACAAGCUGGAGAAGAGCAGGGGCCGGCUGCAGCAAGAGCUGGAGGACCUGCUUAUGGACCUGGACAACCAGAGACAGCUGGUUUCCAACCUAGAGAAGAAGCAAAAGAAGUUUGACCAGUUGCUGGCGGAGGAGCGUUCUGUGUCGGCCAAGUGCGGCGAGGAGAGAGACCGGGCGGAGGCGGAGGCCCGGGAGAAGGAGACGCAGGCUCUGGCACUGGGACGUGCGCUGGAUGAGAUGCGCCGCACCCAGGAGGAGGCAGAGAAGAGCAAUAAGGCCCUCCGUGCCGAGAUGGAGGACCUGAUCAGCUCCAAGGAUGACGUGGGCAAGAAUGUCCACGAACUGGAGAAGGCCAAGGGCAGCCUGGAGGCGCUGGUGGAGGAGAUGCGCGUCCAGAUGGAGGAGCUGGAGGACGAGCUGCAGGUGGCAGAGGAUGCCAAGUUGCGUCUGGAGGUCAACUACCAAGCACUGAGGGCACAGUGCAACCAUGAGCUACAGGCUCGUGACGAGAUGGACGAGGAAAAGAAGAGGCAGCUCCUCAAACAGGUGCGUGAGCUGGAGGUGGAGCUGGAGGACGAGAGGAAGCAGCGUGGCCUGGCCAUGGCAGGCAGGAAGAAGAUGGAGGGCGAGCUGCAGGACCUGGAGGAGCAAGCAGAGAGCGCAGGCAGGGGGCGGGACGAGGCUGUAAAGCAGCUGCGUAAGAUCCAGGGCCAGAUGAAGGACCUCCAGAGGGAGCUUGAGGACGCUCGGGUAGCCCAGAAGGAGGUGCUGGUCUCAGGCAGGGAGUCCGAGAGGAGAGCCAAAGCCUUGGAGGCUGACAUCAUGCAGCUCCAAGAGGGACUGUCCACAGCCGAGAGGACCCGUAAGCAGGCUGAAACAGAGAGAGACGAGCUGUCUGAGGAGCUGGCCAGCAACACGUCUGGGAAGUCAGCUUUCUCUGAUGACAAGCGGCGCCUGGAGGCCAGGAUCAGUCAGCUGGAGGAGGAACUGGAAGAGGAGCAGGCCAACGUGGAGACCCUAAACGACCGCCUCAGAAAGACCCAACAGCAGAUUGAGCAGCUUUGCGAGGAGCUGCAGGCAGAGCGCUCCUCCUCCCAGACAAGAGAGGGCGCCAGGCAGCAGCUUGAGCGGCACAACCGGGACCUCAAGGCCAAGCUUCAGGAUAUGGAAAGCCAGGGCCGCUCCAAGCUCAAGUCCUCCAUCGCUGCCCUGGAGGCCAAGCUGCACCAGGUGGAGGAGCAGCUGGACAUAGAGAGCAGAGAGAGACAGAAUGGUGCUAAGACCAUGCGUCAGAAGGAGAAGAAACUCAAAGAUCUGACCAUUCAAAUGGAGGAUGAGAGAAGGCAGGCGCAGCAGUACAAAGACCAGGCUGAGAAGGCCAGCGUGCGCGUGAAGCAGCUGAAGCGUCAGCUUGAGGAGGCCGAGGAGGAGUCUCAGCGCGUGGCAGCGGGCCGCAGGAAGCUACAGCAGGAGCUGGACGAGGCGUCUGAGGCCAAUGACGCACUCAGUCGCGAGGUCUCAUCCUUCAGGAGCAAAAUGAGGCGUGGCGGGGAGCCACCUUUUGGUGGCAGCCCUCGUCGUGUUGGCAGCAUGGGAAACGUCAGUGCCAGUGCUGGUCGGAGAAGCAGGAAUAAUGACAACUGUGAGAUACAAGAGGGGGAGGAGACACCACCACCCUCCACACCACCUUUAGAACAGGAGGCAAUAAAUUGAGAGACUUCUCCUGUUAAGUAGAGGGGAAUGCACACAGAUGUCGUAUGAUUUUAGUUACUAGUAUUUCUACAGUCUUAACCAACUGCAGCGUGACACGCUUUAACUGACUUGUAAAGGGCUUAUCUUCAAUUUGGUCUGUCUUAAUAUUUUAUUCAUUAUUUAAAUCGUAUUGUAGUUGACACAGAAGAAUGAUCUACAUGUACUUCUUUGAAUGAUUGAAUAAUUCAACUAUUCAACUGAUCUAUUGAAUACUUUUUUGUGUAAAAUAUUCAUGUAUUUAAUUAAAAAAUAAAUUAAUUGUAUAGGAAAUGAUUUUCGGUGUUCAAAACUUCUCACUCGUACACCAUUUUCUGAUGUUUUGUUCGGGUAAAACAAAUAACAUUAGACUCAAGAGUUCAUCUGCAAUUGUAUGUUAUUAAAAAUGUGUAAUUUGUCACAUUUCAACACCCAUUAAUUCUUAUCCAUUCAAAUUUUUAUUAGAUCAAUUAGAGAACUUGAAUUGAAAAAUAUCUUCUUUUUUUUACAUUCAUUCUUUAAAGAAUGUAUUCACCUCAAGCUUGCUUUCUUUUGUUUGAUCAGAAAAAAAACUACACUUUUGGAUGUUAUGUAUGUUAUGUUUAUUGUGUAAAGUUUGGGAAUGACACCACAUGAAACAUUAACAAAUAGUAUAUACCUCCUAAGAUGCAGGCAGGUGGAAAACAAGAGUCCUCAACGAGGAGGAGUCUUUGCACUUAGUACAGUGGCUGGCAAAGGGGCCAGGCAAAGCAUCAUGCAGAAAAAAUUAAUGGGUCAAUGACAAAUAAGGUUUCUAAAAAAGCAUUUUUAUAGUGUUUUCAAAAUGGAUUUCAUGCAUAUGUUUACAUCUGGAGCAGUGUGUCUAAGCAACAUUUGUUAUUUAAAUAACAUUUCAAAGUGGUCAAAUUCCUUUUUUUCCUGUAUUUCCUGUACUUCACUACCCAAAAUAUAUCAGGUGGCGCAACAAAAUAUUUGACAAUAUAUAUGUAUUUUCCGACUAUUUAUUUUAAGUGAAUUCUUUUCACAAGUAUCCAUAAGAAUGUCUAUAGUCCCAAACACAUUAUAAUUUUGAGUUGGUGUUUUGUAUUUAUAACAAUUUAAGAUCAUUGCAUUCUAGUGGCCCGGUAUUUAGUUUCUUCGGCAUCCGAUUUUCACAUUUAAAGACAAAGAAAUUAUUCUUCAAAUCUACAAAUGAAUGCAUUCAGUACAAUAGCUAUUCACAUCAUAUAUAUUAACCAUUUGUUCACUUCGACCUAUUAUUAAUUGGUUGAAUUUAAUAUUUUACAUGGUCGCACCACCUGACAAUUAUCAGUUGUGC